AAGGUAUAUCGGGAGUAUCCUGCAUGAAGCUAAUCAGUUCUCAGUAAAUCCUGUAGCACUUGACACGUUCAUGAGCAGCACUCUUAUAACAACCGAUUUUAGUAUCGAAUUAUUUUUUUUUAAACUGUGUCAUACUGGGAAUAUUGUUAAACUGUGUUAUAUUGGAACUAUUGUGUUAAUUCGGGAUAUCUUCCGUGUUAUUGGAAUAUUGUACGAGUGCUAAGUACGGCUAGUAGGAACAUUGUAUUACUAAAUUGAACAAAUCAUGCCAGUGUAUAACAAAUCGUCCACUAAGAAGAGGCCUGCAGGGACUCCCUCUAGAGCGUUGGGUCAGAGAAAGAGAAGGAGGCCAGCACGUCUCCAGACGGAAGGAAACACAGAGCCGGAGCCGGAACCUCAGCAGGAGACGGGGCUAGAGCCGGAGCCGGAGUCGGACAAUGUCACGGGGGAACAGGCACGGGCGCCCGUUGAGAAUGAUGUAUGGAUAGUUGGUUCAUCGAUAAUAUACUGGGCACAACGGAUGUCUGUGAAGCUGCUGGACAGCCAUUUGAAGCUUAGACACAGAGGCGUUUUGGUGCGAUGGUCGGGGCACAGGGGAAUGUCUUGGUUUCAGCUAUUGAAUGUUAUUAAGGACCAGCUGUCACUAAAGCCUCCACCAGAUUUUCUAAUACUUCAUACUGGAGGUAAUGACUUAGGGUCCAUCCCCACUGGCGGCCUGUGUGCCCGUAUCAGGCAAGAUGUCGAGCAUCUGCACGAAAUGUUGCCUGGGUGCACUAUUAUCUGGUCUGAUAUUUUACCAAGGAUUACCUAUCGGGGUUGUGACAAAGUACAAUCUAUUGAAAGGAAAAGAAAGAGAAUAAAUAGGUCUGGCAGACUAGCAGCGUUAGAUGUUGGGGGUAGGGUGAUUAAGCACCCAGAUAUAAGUCACACAUGUAAAGGACUGUAUUUAGGCAUGACAAGGUUCAUUUAAAUAUGGUUGGUAACGCCAUAUUCCUAAACACGUUGCAGGAAGCAAUAGAAUGUUUUAUAACAUCAACUGAUCAUUGUGUUUAUAAUAAAUGAUACUGUAUACAACCUCAAGUGUUUUUGUAUGGAUUACGGAACUGUAUAGACAGUUCCGAGUGGCAGGAUAUGGCGGGCAGGCAUAUAAUUACACAAUUUUGUGUCAUAUUAUUUAAUUCUGGUGGUAUUAAUUAUACUAGACCGUGCUCUGGUCGGCCAAUAGUCUUGCUAUGGUUUACCCUGGGGGACUAAAUCUUGCUAUGGAGGUAUCCUAGGAGUUUCUGGCAGGCCAGUGCUAAGUCUAAAUAUAAUAAUCCUGAUCUUGUAAUGCUUGCCACGUGCUAUCCUGGGAGCUAAAGGCAGGAUUAUGGUUUCUCCAGGCUGGAGAUGUUGGUUCCUCUUGCGAGAGGUGGUUUCGGUUUUUUACAAGUGCAGGCAAAAUCUGCUAGGUCAGAGGGCAAGGGGCUUUAUGUCCGGAUACCUGCGGGUAGACAUUUAGCAUGGGUCCUUGCCUUUGCAUGCACUUGUAAUAAUAAGUUUUGGCUGCGGCCAUUGUCAUACUAAAUUCAUAAAUUGAUAAGCCUGCUCGCCAUAUUCUGAGGUUGUAUACGUUUCAUAUUAAAUGAGGCUGCGGUCAUUUAAAUCCAAA